GGAUUCCCGCACAGAUCAUCGGAAAAAAGCCGUAGCCCGGAAACCGAGAACCCUCUGCGAAAAACAUGGCCGGUAACCCUCGUGUUUUCUUCGACAUGACCGUCGGCGGAGCCCCCGCCGGCCGGAUCGUGAUGGAGCUUUUCGCCGACGUGACGCCGCGGACGGCCGAGAACUUCCGCGCGCUCUGUACGGGCGAGAAGGGCGUCGGCCGCUCCGGCAAGCCCCUCCACUACAAGGGGUCCAGCUUCCACCGCGUGAUCCCCAACUUCAUGUGCCAGGGAGGCGACUUCACCGCCGGGAACGGCACCGGCGGCGAGUCGAUUUACGGCUCCAAGUUCGCUGACGAGAACUUCAUCAAGAAGCACACCGGCCCCGGCAUCCUCUCCAUGGCCAACGCCGGCCCCGGAACCAACGGAUCUCAGUUCUUCAUCUGCACCGUCAAGACCGAGUGGCUGGACGGAAAGCACGUCGUGUUCGGCCAGGUCGUGGAGGGAAUGGACGUCGUCCGCGCGAUAGAGAAGGUCGGCUCUUCCUCGGGCCGGACCUCGAAGCCCGUCGUUGUCGCCGACUGCGGCCAGCUGUGAGCGGGAUCUCUCGCUCCGUCGGAACCCUAGCUUUUUCCUUCUUCCCGUCUCUUCUCUCCAUUUUCUACUUCAUCUUCCCUUUCCUUCUGAGAUCUCUCUAGGGUUUUUGCUUUAUUUGUCGUUUCUUAUGGUUCAUGGGGGCUUCUCGAACGAAGUGUAGCGUCUUUUCCCUCUCUUCUGGUGGAUCUUCCUUGUGGGUCAGCCACUGGUCACGGUGGCAGGAGCUUUCAGUGUAGAUUUUAAUUUCACCACUGAAAUAAUAUUAGGGUUUCUUGUGA